AGCCCGGCCGCGGCCGCGAAAGGCGCUGGGGCAGCCUGCGCCGCGCCGGACACCCUCCGCCUGAGCCGGGCGGGCGGAUCCCCGAGGGCUGCCGGCGAGCCCGCUCCUUGUUCCCCCUCCCGCCCCAACGUGGCCCCGGGAUGUUGGGCUAGUGAGGCUGGGGCGAGGAGGAGCAGCAUGAGAGGCAAUGGGAGCGGGCUGAACGCCUCCCACCCGCCCGCGGAGCUCAGCCUGGACCGGCCCGCCUGGGUGGCUUCCACUUUGGCCGCCAUCCUCAUCUUCACCAUCGUGGUGGACGUCCUGGGCAACCUGCUGGUGAUCCUCUCCGUGUACAGGAACAAGAAGCUGCGGAACGCUGCAUCACAUAUUAAUAAGACAUUUGCUGACACAUUCAUUGAGGAAAAAAAGGACACAGGUGAAAAUUCCACCUCAGGGAGGAGCAGAAGAUGCCUCCUGAAGAAUAUGUAUUUCAAUGAAGAUUUCUCUUCUUUCUCUGAAAAGAGGACAAACUGAACUAUGGAAUAUUCAACAUUGUACCACAACAGGUGGAUGUGGUGGGGGAAAAUGUCUUGCGUCUCCAUCUCUCUAUUCUACACACACUCACUCACUUUUUUGGGAAGAUAACUACAAAGUCAAUCCCGGGACUUCUUUUAUUGCUAACAUAUGCCCUGGGGAAUAGUAGGAAAACCUAGAAAAACCUUCACAAGAAGUGGUAUCACCUGCCUGCCAGUCAGAAGGUUAGUGAGGUACUGUGAUCAAAGCAAAGGAGUCAGUAUCUCAAAGAAGCUUUGUCUCGGCAAGCGAGGAGUGUCUGAUACACCAGACUCCUUCAUAGUCACAGACGUGGCUUCAGUAGAUGCUCUUCUAGACACAGAAGCCGAUUGAUGCAACUGAUUUCCCUGGAUGACUUUUGCAUACCCAGGGAGAAAAUGGGUAGCCCAAGAAAUGUUUGGAUCAUCGGAGAGAGAGAACAGCUGUAGAAGACCAAAUAAUAACACGAAAAAUAAGGGUCAGAAGAAAAUUGACUGACAUAUUGAUGGCAAUGAACAUUUGGUAUUUCAGACUUGAGUUACUUCAGGUAGCAAAAAUGGAAAUAUAUUUGUUGUAAGCCUGGCCAUUGCAGACUUGGUAGUGGCGAUCUACCCAUACCCACUGGUCCUGACAUCUGUAUUUCAUAAUGGAUGGAAUCUGGGCUACCUCCACUGCCAAAUCAGUGGUUUCCUGAUGGGCCUAAGUGUUAUUGGAUCAAUAUUCAACAUUACAGGCAUUGCUAUUAAUCGAUAUUGCUACAUCUGCCACAGCCUCAAGUAUGACAAGCUGUAUAGUGACAAGAAUGCUCUGUGCUAUGUCAUUCUCAUCUGGAUCCUGACAUUUGUUGCUAUUGUUCCCAAUCUGUUUGUUGGAUCUCUACAAUAUGAUCCGCGGAUCUACUCGUGCACAUUUGCACAAUCUGUGAGCUCACCAUAUACAAUAGCAGUGGUGUUUUUCCAUUUCAUGCUUCCCAUAGCCAUAGUUACUUUCUGUUACUUGAGAAUAUGGAUCCUUGUUAUUCAGGUAAGGCGAAGGGUUAAACCUGACAACAAGCCCAGGCUGAAGCCACAUGACUUUAGGAACUUUGUCACCAUGUUUGUGGUAUUUGUACUGUUUGCGAUCUGCUGGGCUCCUUUGAACUUCAUAGGCCUGGCUGUGGCUGUUGACCCAGACACAAUAAUCCCCAGGAUUCCAGAGUGGUUGUUUGUAUCCAGUUACUACAUGGCAUAUUUCAACAGCUGCCUUAAUGCCAUCAUAUAUGGACUCCUGAACCAGAAUUUCAGAAGAGAAUACAAGAGAAUUAUUGUCACAAUUUGUACAGCAAAGGUUUUCUUUCAGGAUAGUUCUAACGAUGCAGCAGAUAGGAUGAAAACCAAACCCUCACCACUGAUUACGAACAACAAUCAAGUGAAGGUAGACUCUGUGUGAAAAUGGGGCCCUCACCAUUGCCGAUCUACAACAUUCAAACCCUAGAUCUGUUUUAUUAGCCACACAGUUGAAGUGCUGUAGUGAAAUACCAGUCCUAUAUGAAAGUUACUUGGACAAUGUUCUGUGUACAGUAUUUGUGAGCCAAAGUAACACAGCCUUGACAUAAAGAGCCUCCUGUUGUACAACAUAUCUUUCAAAUAAUGACUCACUUAUAUGCUUACGGUAUUACAGGGUUACAGACUUUUUAAAAUUUUGUUUUACAUAGAUAACUGAAGAUGAAUUGGAACUGAACUGCCAUAAACAUAAAACUGUUUGAAAAAGCAUCACUACCCCCAGCUGGACUCCCUAAAUUGCAAGGCAGGUUAUGGUACUGAUCCUGCCAUCCUUAACAACUUCUGUUAAAGGAAAAAUGGGAGCUAUUCAUUCCAGUGUGAGGGAACGUGAAAAGACGAGGGAGAAUACUUGAAAUGCUUCACUAAGAAUCUCAGUCUAUAUAUUUAAGUUCCUACAGUAGUCAUAGCUUUGUGGCAAGUAAGCCUCACCACUUCUUUCAGGUAACUCUACAGCCCUUGUUGAGUUCUCCUUUAAAAAAAAAAAUUAAAGAGGAGGAAAAAUAUGCAUGUGUGAUUAUCUCAAAAGCUACAUGGGCCUAUAGAACAACUAGGGCAUGCUGAGGGGUGGCAUAGAGCACACAUGGGUUCAGCAGGAGCUCAAAGCACACCGGGUGAUUUUGAGGUAUGGGAUCUUCCAACUUCCCUAAUGUCCAGGAGAAAUACAACUGGGAGAAACCUGGAAGCUACCCAAAAGGAGAGAAUGGCGGAGAUAUCCUCUGGAGAUAGCAGAGAGAAGUGCCUGUUGCUCCUCCCUGACUAUUCCAUAGUAUGUUUUUAGGAAU